AUGGCCACCGUCGCCGUCUUCAGGCCGUCGCGCACCGCCGGCAGGCUGCCGCAAUGGCAUGCGCGCCCUCUUCAGGCCAGCCCCAUCGCCUUCUUCGCACUGCGCCGCUCCUUCUCCUCAUAUCUCGUUACGCCGAAGGAGCUCAACGAGGCCCUGAAGAAGAACCCGCCCUCCAAGAUCAGCCCGGAUCCCCGCGUCAUCCCCCUCUGCGCCUCCUGGUUCCUGCCCAACGAUGGCCGCACAGGUAUCGAGGUCUUCCGCCAGCAGCGCAUCCCCAAGGCCCGUUUCUUCGACCUCGAUAGGGUCAUCGAUCGCCGCAGCCCCUACCCGCACAUGCUGCCGUCCGCGAAGGACUUCGCCGCUGCCAUGAGCGAGCUCGGCAUCCGCAAGGAGGACACCGUCGUCGUCUACGACAGCAAGGAGCUCGGCAUCUUCAGCGCCCCGCGCGUCGGCUGGACCCUCAAGAUCUUUGGUCACCCCAAGGUCCACGUCCUCAACAACUUCAAGCUGUGGGUUGACGAGGGCCUGCCCACCGAGUCGGGCGAGCUGUACACUACCGAGUGCUGCCCGUAUCCCAUCCCCAAGAUGGACGAGUCCAAGGUCGUCGACUUUGAGGAGGUGCGCGAGAUCGCGCUGGACCACAACAAGGAGGGCGCCGAGGGCGUGCAGAUCAUCGAUGCCCGGUCGCCGGGUCGCUUUACCGGCAAGGACCCGGAGCCGAGACCCGGCCUGUCGUCGGGCCACAUGCCGGGCUCGAUCAACAUCCCCUUCAACGCCGUCCUGGACCCCGAGACCAAGGCUUUCUUCCCGGCUGAGAAGCUCAAGAAGAUCUUCCGGGAGAAGGGCGUUGACCCCGAGAAGCCCAUUGUCUCGAGCUGCGGUACGGGCGUGACUGCCUGUGUCAUCGAGACGGCUUUGGAAGAGGCCGCAUACGGCUCUCCUGAGAAACGUAGAGUCUACGACGGAAGCUGGACUGAAUGGGCGCAGCGGGUUAAGCCUUCCGACUCGCUCAUCAGGAAGGAUGAGUAG